CAUCCAACCAAUUCACAAUGAGAGCCCUGCUGGCAAUCUGCGUCCUGGCACUGGUCACUCCAGCUGCCCUGGGUCGCACCAUGGAUCGCUGCUCACUGGCGCGCGAGAUGGCCAAUCUGGGUGUUCCUCGGGACCAGUUGUCCAAGUGGGCGUGCAUUGCAGAGCACGAGAGCUCCUACCGCACCGGAGUGGUGGGGCCUCCCAACACCGAUGGAUCCAACGACUAUGGCAUUUUCCAGAUCAACGACCUCUACUGGUGCCAGCCGUCCAGUGGAAAGUUCUCCCACAAUGGCUGCGGUGUGAGUUGCAACGCCCUCUUGACCGAUGACAUCAAAAGCUCCGUAAGAUGUGCCCUAAAGGUCCUGGGCCAACAGGGCUGGUCAGCCUGGUCCACCUGGCACUACUGCAGUGGGUACCUGCCCUCGAUCGAUGAUUGCUUUGUUCAAUUCGAUUCCUUCAAUUCCUUGAAUUCUCUCAACCAUGGACACUUCAAAAUGUAAUUGCGUUACAAAACAAUUAUGACUUUUUAAUACGUAUACGUUGAUUCACGGUAUACAUAUAAAAGUAUAUAUCUGUUACGUAUAAAUCAAAGAUAAGCGACAGCGAAUAAAAUUAGUCAUUGGAAUUUUGAACGGAACCAUAA